UUGUGGGGAAUUUUGCAAAUGAUAAAACAGUGUAGGUGAGGAAUAUUUCGUAUAUAACCGUGACUAACAUUUUCCGUUUUCUGGUUUAAUCGGCAAGGGAAAAAAUACACAAAAAUGACGUCGGCGAUUGUGAGAUCUGGCCUCCGCUCCGCCCUACGUGGUGGGCCCUCCACCCCCCGCGUCUCACCCGCCUCCAAGCGCUCUUUCUCCGCUUCAUCCCAUCACGAUGAAGCUGCCGAGGCUUCGAAAUGGGAGAAGAUAACAUAUUUGGGAAUAGUGGCGUGUUCUAGUCUCGCUGUGUUUAUCCUCUCCAAGGGGCAUGCGCACCAUGACGAGCCUCCUGCAUAUCCAUAUUUGCAUAUCCGCAAUAAAGAGUUUCCUUGGGGACCAGAUGGUCUAUUUGAGGUAAAGCACCAUUGAGUUGUUUGGCCUUCCAAUGAGAAGGCAUGCAUGAGAAGGCUGUGGGAAAAAUUGGUGUUUUGAUUUUGAACUCGUAAUGUUGGAAUUUCGGUACAGUAUAUGGCUGCAUUGAUAAUUUCUGGAAACCAGAAGUUUGAACUGCGGUUUGGAUGACUUCUCUUUUAUAAAUAUAUUCUCAUCCCUUAGCAAACUUAAAUUGAAGAAUAAAUGAAUUCGUUUUCUUGCUUCCA